AUGAAUAAUGAAACGAAAGAAGCGUUGACAAAAGAGUUGAAAUUGUUGCAAGAAACAUGUAAACACGUUUAUAAUCUUAUUGAGUAUUUCCCAGAUGAGGUUCUUAUUCCAAACAACAUUGAAGCUAAAACUUUAAAUUAUGUAGAGGCUUUACGACCAGAACUAUGCAAAUCGAACACGGCUCUUAAUACGUGCAGUAAUUUACUAACAAACCAAUUCCUCUCUAAAAUGGACGAGCAAAAUAAAGAAGUUGAAAUACUCAUAGAUUCUACCAAGAGAUCAAUUUCUGACAUGGAUAUUGAAAUAGAUAUGUUAAAUAACUUAAUCAAUACAGCAAAAGAAUUCAGGUCAACAGCUAGAGCAAAAAAGAAGGAUAUACGGCAGAUUACUAAAGCCGACCCGGAUAUACAUCCACAGGCAAUAUUGAAGGCUAAAGCAAGAUUCCGUAUGAUAAGAAAAGAACUUUAUAGAGUUAUAUAUUCCUUGUGUCCAAACUCUGCCCACCUUAUCAAGGAUGUUCUUGGGCAUCUAAUACAAGAGAGCCUAGAUGUAACAUCUGAUGGUUAUAUUCAGCUUACAAGGGAGAACUACCUGGCUAUAAAGAUACUAAAGAAAAUAAAUAUAGUUACUGAAAACCCAAAUAAUAAAAGGGAAGUGAAAUUAUUUCUAUGA